GGCGCGGGGCAGCGGGAGUGGCGGCCGCGCCAUGUGGCUGCUGGGGCCGCUGUGCCUGCUGCUGAGCAGCGCCGCGGAGAGCCAGCUGCUCCCUGGGAACAACUUCACCAAUGAGUGCAACAUUCCAGGCAACUUCAUGUGUAGUAAUGGGAGGUGCAUCCCAGGUGCCUGGCAGUGUGAUGGGCUCCCCGACUGCUUCGACAAGAGCGAUGAGAAAGAGUGCCCUAAGGCCAAGUCCAAGUGUGGGCCAACGUUCUUCCCCUGUGCCAGCGGCAUCCAUUGCAUCAUCGGUCGCUUCCGGUGCAACGGAUUUGAGGACUGCCCGGACGGCAGCGAUGAAGAGAACUGCACAGCAAACCCUCUGCUUUGUUCCACCGCCCGCUACCACUGUAAGAACGGCCUCUGCAUUGACAAGAGCUUCAUUUGUGACGGGCAGAAUAACUGUCAAGACAACAGCGAUGAGGAAAGCUGUGAAAGUUCUCAAGAGCCAGGCAGCGGGCAGGUGUUUGUGACUUCCGAGAACCAGAUGGUGUACUAUCCCAGCAUCACCUACGCCAUCAUCGGCAGCUCUGUCAUCUUCGUGCUGGUGGUGGCACUGCUGGCUCUGGUCCUGCACCACCAGCGGAAGCGGAACAACCUCAUGACACUGCCAGUGCACCGGUUGCAGCACCCAGUGCUACUCUCACGCCUGGUGGUCCUGGACCACCCCCACCACUGCAACGUCACCUACAAUGUCAACAACGGCAUCCAGUACGUGGCCAGCCAGGCAGAGCAGAAUGCAUCAGAGGUGGGCUCCCCACCCUCCUACUCAGAGGCCCUGCUAGAUCAAAGACCUGCAUGGUAUGACCUCCCUCCUCCACCCUACUCUUCAGACACCGAGUCCCUCAACCAAGCGGACCUGCCCCCUUACCGCUCCCGGUCUGGGAGUGCUGGGAGUGAAGAAAGCGCCAGUUCCCAGGCCGCCAGCAGCCUCCUGAGUGUGGAAGACCCAAACCACAGUCCCGGACAAUCCAGCCCUGCAGAGGGCGCCACUGAGCCAAGGGACUCAGUGCUCAGCCCAGGCCCUGAAGAAGUAUAACAUCUUGCUAUUCUGGUGUCCACACCAGCUCAUCUGCUCUGACUUGUUACCUUCCUGACCACCUGUGCUCAUGGGAAGCUAGCUCUUCAGGGUACCCCAUGGAGGAGUGAUUGGGGGCAUUUCUCCAUUCCCCUCCUCCCCUGGGUUGUUCUUUAGAGGAUGACCCUGGAUUUUCCUGACCCCUCAAUUGAUAAUUGCAUCUUGGCGGGGGCCCAGGACCAUAGCUUUAUUCGACACAUUCUUCAGUUUCUCGUGGACCCUGUUGUAUAAAAGCACACCAAUUUGCAGGCCACGGGAUAAAUGGACUCUUAAUCACCUUUGAGAAAACAGUGUUUCUACACUGUGUGGAUGCUCCUUGGGAUGGGGAUGGGGGGUGAGGGUGGGCUGGUACUGUUGAACUCCAGUUGGGGCUGUGGAUAUCCACAGAGGUUCCUACCUGGAGGCACCAUAGUUGACCCAAGGACUGGAGUCUGCUGCCAACAUCACCUCGCAUGGGUCUCACCAGUGCUUUCAGUUUGGCCAAAGAAAACUUGUGACAUGAGUUACUGCCCUUCAGUAACUAGCAGUGUCAUUUUUAUCUCUGCAGCCAACAACUCUGGGAAGAUUCUGGCUUUUGAAAUUUGCCCGUGAAUCUUCUUUUGGAGAGCUUUUCCUGGCAGCAUUGGCCUCAUCCCAGCAGAAACUGGGCCCUUAGGCCAUAAUAUGAAAUGAGCUCUCAACUUUUUUAAUACAGGCUGCCAUAAGCUAGGGCCAACUCUGUUCCAUAGUCUCUUCCCUGGAGGCUAGAUUGUCCCCCUCUGGGUACAGUAGGGAAAAUAAGAGCUAACUCAGCUUGGCCCCACAUCUGGUCCAGCCCUUGGUCUCCAUACACCGCACCCUGCCUGCCUUGCCCAUUAGUGCAGCUUACAUAGUAGUCUCCCAUGUUCCCUUAAUACCAGAAGUCUCCUCUGAUCAUCUGUGCCUUUGGACUUGAGGACACUGUGGUUUCUAAUCGAGGUGGGAACUAUGUUCAGUACCUCUCCCCAGGGCUCCCAGCUCCAUGGUUGCCCACACUCCCCUUCCAAAGCCCAAACCCCAGUACCCAGCUUAGGGUUAGGAUGAGGUGGGGGAGUUCCUAUCAGGUUCCCUCCUAACAGCCCAUGAGUUUCUCUGAGCAGUGUGGACUGUAGACCUUCAGAGUCCAGAUUUGCCCUGCAGACUCUCUACUCCUCUCCCAAAUCUCUUAGAAAUGCAUUUGAAACAGUGUGUUUUUUUCCCCUUCUAGUUAAGGGACUAUUUAUAUGUGUAUAGAAAGCUUUUUUUUUUUUUUAUCAUCUUUACUUUUUUGUGAAAUCCAAAGAAACAUGGAAGAGGAGCUUCUGCCUUGCUUCCCUAGUGUGCCUGGCAGGCCACCCCUCCUGCUGGCCUGUGUGCUGGGCAUGCGUGCAUGGCUGCACUUUGAGUUAUUAUUUAUCAAUUUCUUGGAGGAUGCAGAGGAGGA